AUGGCCGCUCUUCCUGCUUCUGGCGGUGUUCGGAGUCUUUUGGCAAAAUUCGAAAACUCAAACAAUAACAACAACAACAACAACAACAACAACAACAACUACCCCGACGUGUCUCCUUCCCGCGGCCGACCUUCCACCGACUCGCAAGACAAUGCCACCAACAGACCGUUGUCCAAAGUGCGGGCCAGCUUUGUGUCUGUAGAGAGAAAUGGCCAAGGCUCACCCACUCCCGGUGCACUGCGAAGAACCGACAGCUACAACACAGACGUGGACUCGAAUCAAAGAUCUGCCACCGUGUCGCCCACUGGACAACUCGAAACCGCCUCGGCCUCCCCGUUCGGCCCGUCUCCCCACAAAAUUCGUACCGCACUCGCUGCCUUCCAAGGGGAUAGAGUCGAAAGUGUCACUGCGAAGCUUGCGUCUCUCGCUGUGAAGGACAAUAUACAACCGAGAACGGGUACCGAGAAAUCAGAGACAAAGCCAGAGACAAAGUCGGAGACCAAACCAGAAUUAUUGCAGCCUGCGAUUGUUGAGAAACCGGCGAUUAAGUCCACACCCGCCGUAUCCACAAAGCAGGCAGUUCCUUCAAAGGCAAUCAAGAAGAGCUCAUCCACGAUGUCGAUUGCGAAAGAGUCCUCCGCAACCAAGAAUCCAACCAGAGGUGCCACCACAAAGGAAAAGAAGCCUUCGUCUACGCCCACAAGGUCAGCCACCACAACAACUCACGCCACGGCGCACUCAGAUAAACCUGUUAUUAGCAAAACUACUGCUGUCCGGAGCUCAGCCCCGACUGCUCGCGCCGAGCGUUCCAGCACACCUCAUGAUGCUACCAAGAGGCCUGCUGUUCAGCCCUCCCCCAAGACGAAGCCUACUCCAAAGUCCCCCACCCGCCCUGUGCGACUUCCUGCGUCUCUCGUAACCCCUACAGCUGCCUCAGCUGCCCGAACUGGAACGUUGGCACGUUCUCAGAGCCACGUAAAUCUACGGAGCUCACCCAAAGCAGAACCAGCAAAGACUCUUUCUCGCAAGCCAUCAACUCUUCGGCCAGAUACAUCUCGAUUAGCGAGUCACACUAUUCCUGAUCGACCAAGAUCUCGUAUGAGCACCACAUCCACACGUGCUCCCGGGGAAGAGAGUUUCCUCGCUCGGAUGAUGCGUCCUACUGCUAGCUCUGCGAGUAAAAUGCAUGACAAAGUUGAGCCGAGAAGCCCGCCGAGGCUCGCAAAGGCCGUGAAGUUCAGCCCAAAGAAAGAUAUUCCCGCCAAGACCGAAGACAAAAUGGAGAGACAUGAAAACUCCGUUCAGGACCCUACGCCUGCUAUGCCUGAAGUCAAGAUCGAAAGAGUGGCGACGGAUCAGACUGUCAUCAAAGAAGCUUUCCCCGUGGAGAAUGGCCAUCAAGCUGAAGAAUUGAAAGUAUCAGCGGUGGAAGAGACUCAAAAGGAAGCUGAAAUUUCCAUUGCCGAGCUCCCUUCAGAUUCAGUUGUGACAGUGCCAGCUGUUGAAUCUACCGUAGAGCCAUCUUCUGAGCAAGUAGCCGAGGAGCCAAAAACAAAAUCUACAGAGGCAUUCGCUGAGCCAAGCACCAUUGAGGAGGUGACCGAAGAUCCACAGACGGAAGCUACCAUAGCCAGCGAUGCAGAUGUCAUCACUGAUAAGGGCUUUACAUCAGUUCCAGAAACAGUCCCUGAAGAACUCGAGGUUGAUAUCAAAGAGGGUGUCCCAGAGACGACAUUGGAAACUGAAGAGCUUCACGACAACCAACAAGAUACCACCACGGAGCCCACCGUGGAUCCUAUCGCAGAAAUCAUCAUUUCCAAAGAGGAGGUCGUGAACAAGACGGAAGAAGUCCCCGAAGCUCAUGAAGUUGAAGCAACAGAACUAGAACAAUCCACCAAAGAAUCAGUCCCCGCCGCUUCGGAGGACGCACCUGCCGGAACUGCCGAGAAGGCAGGAGAGCCAGAGCAGAGCACUUCAGUUGAAGAACCUCUUGAAUCCACUUCCGAGAAACCAGAACUAAAGCUUGAGCAUACAGUAGAAGCCGACAAGUAA